GAAGGAAUAGUCAGUUUUUAUUUCCUUGGCAGACACGCAACAUCGGAGACAUAUAGUGUACUCAGGUCCCUGGCCGUCAGCGGUCCGAGAUGAUCCUCUUCACCUUUAUUGUAGGACUGCUGUGCUGUCAGGUACAAGCUUGGUCUCCUCCUCGGCUAAAGGUAAACAAUGAAGAUCUGAUUGAAUCCGACAUGGUCAUUGAUGCUGGAUCACGUCUUGUUCUGACUUGUGAGGGUGAUGGUCCAGUGACUAUUGUACCUCAGCUAGCUAAACACAAAAAAUACAGCAAGGCUAACGGGACUCGCUGCAACUUUACUGUGUCAAAAACUGCCUCUGAGUUCACAGGCACUUAUAAGUGUGUGUACACUGGCAUCAACUCCUCCAACUUCUCAUCUGUUUACAUAUUCAUAAGAAAUUCAAAAACUCUCUUCAAAACUCCAUCGGAUCGUUCCAUUAUCAAGAAGGAAGGAGAGGAAGCCCUCGUCCCCUGCCUUCUUACAGACCCUGCAGCCACUGAUGUCCAGUUCCGCAUGGAGAAUGGGUCUGCACCACCCCCUGACAUGGACAUAACCUUUGACCCCAAGAAAGGGAUGCUGAUUCGGAGCCUCCAGCUUUGGUUCAGUUCAAAUUAUGUCUGCAGUGCCAAGAUAGGAGGAGUGGAGAAAAAGUCCCCAGCCUUCAGAUUGCAAGUCACCUACAGAGCCCGUUUUCCACUUCACAUGACCCUGGAAAGUAAUGAGUAUAUUCGACUGGUUGGAGAGAGAUUAAUGAUUAUCUGUUCCACUAGCAAUCGCAACAUCAACUUCAACAUCACCUGGAAGCACUCAUCACAUUUGCAGUUACCCAAGCCAAAGAAUGAGCUUAAAUGGAAAAAUGAUGUGGCGGAAAUCAAGAGUACGCUGAUCCUGCCUGCAGUUACCAUGUCUGACUCGGGUAAUAUAACCUGUAUAGGAGCUAAUGAUGCUGGAGUAAGCAGCUCCACCACAAGCCUGCUGGUUAUAGAUGAACCGUACAUUAGGCUGUCCCCCAAGCUGUCCCUCCAUUUGAUCCAUAAGGAUUGGUCCAUUGAUGUCCACGAGGGACAGGAUGUAGCGCUAAGGGUGACAAUUGAGGCUUACCCACAAAUCACACACAAGCAAUGGGAGGGACCAACAUUUCUCAACAAGUCACAGCACGAAAUCAGGUUCUUCAGCAAUAAUAACAGGUACGAGACAGUGCUGCUUCUGAGGAGACUAAACUACAAGGAACAGGGCAGAUACACCUUCUACACCAACAGCAGCAAGGCCCAUGCCUCCAUAACAUUUAGCAUUCAUGUUUAUGAGAAACCAGUUAUUGUGGAUAAAAGAAGGAAUGGGAGCUCCCUAAUAUGUACAGCAUCUGGAUACCCAACUCCCGAAAUCCUCUGGUUCCAGUGCCAAGGAACCAGGUCAACAUGUACAGAGAAUUCCACAGAUGUGGAGCCUCACCAGUUGAUCACAUCUAAGAGCAUAGUGGUGAAGAAUGACAAGUUUGAACCAGUGGAAGUAGAAAGUUUUGUAACCAUCACACCAUCUGAUCAGAAGAUGACUGUGGAGUGUGUGGCACAAAAUCUGGUUGGGCAAGACAGCGAUACAUUCCCAAUAGACCAGUCUGAGAAACUGUUUACUGCAACAUUGACUGGAGCCAUAACGGUGAUGCUUUUCCUCCUUCUACUCCUCCUCAUCCUCAUGUACAAAUAUAAACAGAAGCCCAAAUAUGAGAUUCGCUGGAAGAUUAUUGAAGCCACAGAUGGGAACAGCUACACAUUUAUCGACCCCACUCAACUUCCUUAUAAUGAGAAAUGGGAAUUUCCAAGAGACAAGCUUAAAUUAGGCAAGGUUCUGGGCUCAGGGGCGUUUGGGAAAGUGGUGGAGGCUACAGCAUAUGGUCUGGGGAAGGAGGACAAUGUGACCCGUGUGGCUGUGAAAAUGCUCAAAGCCAGCGCUCAUUCAGAUGAGAAGGAGGCUCUGAUGUCUGAACUGAAGAUUCUUAGUCAUCUCGGACAACACAAGCAUAUCGUCAACCUGCUAGGAGCCUGUACACAUGGAGGUCCUGUACUGGUCAUCACUGAGUACUGCUGCCAUGGUGAUCUUCUGAACUUCCUGCGUAAUAAAGCACAGACCUUCCUAAACUGUAUGAUUUCAAUCCCAGAGGAGAGAAGCAACUAUAAAAAUGUCAACAACGACAAGAUGUUUUUUAGAAGUGACAGUGGGAUUUCCAGCAUCUGUUCAGAUAGUUACCUGGACAUGAAGCCUCUAGUGCCCAGAUCUCAGACUGCACGCCUUCCUUCCUGCAGUGAAGAUGGAGAGUCACUGGAUAUGGAUAAUCUGCUCAGAUUCUCCUACCAGGUGGCUCAAGGACUCGAGUUCCUUGCGGCUAAAAAUUGUAUUCACAGAGACGUCGCAGCCAGGAAUGUCCUUCUGACAGAUGGGGGUAUGGCUAAAAUCUGUGACUUUGGACUGGCCCGCGAUAUCAUGAAUGAUUCUAACUAUGUGGUCAAAGGAAAUGCUCGUUUGCCAGUGAAGUGGAUGGCUCCAGAGAGUAUCUUCGAGUGUGUGUAUACAGUACAGAGUGAUGUUUGGUCGUAUGGUAUUCUGCUGUGGGAGAUCUUCUCUCUGGGUAAAAGCCCAUAUCCAAACAUCCUGGUGGACUCCAAGUUCUAUAAGAUGAUAAAGUGUGGCUAUCAGAUGAACCGUCCUGACUUUGCCCCACCUGAGAUGUACACCAUCAUGAAAACGUGUUGGAACCUUGAACCCACAGAGCGGCCGACUUUCAGCAAGAUUGCUCAGCUCAUCGAGAGGCUACUGGGAGAAACACCAGAUCAGACUCAGUAUCAGAACGUGCAGACAGAAGAACUGGACGAAGAGCAGCUGGAGGCCUGCGAUCCCACUAAAAGUGACGAGGAAUCAUGUGAGCAGGAGGCAGAUGAGCAGCCCCUGAUGAAGGCCAACAACUAUCAGUUCUGCUAAGGCCUCAAUUAACUAUACUCUCAGGAUACUUUAAAUAAAAAAGCCCAGCGCUCACAGCAAAUAAAUCACGCGCCUGAUUGUAACCUUUAUUCCAAACUGCUUUCAGUGUUUGGGUCAAAUUCCUCAGUGAUUGUAGCUUCCCUUUCUACAAGGGCAAAAUGAGACAGAUUUAGAGUAAGAUGGGUGUUUCAUUGGCUGAGAUCUGUUUCAUGCCAGGCUUACACAAGUCACAAAGUUUAUCUCACUCAUUUCGUGUUAAAUCGCAGUUCCCUGUUUGGACGUAUGGAGGGAAAAAAGUCAAUUCAGCAUUUCCGUCUCCCAGAAGCAAGCUUGCAAAGUUCACUUCCACAUUUUUCUCAGUCUGUUCUUGUUCUUGAAAAGUGGAAAAGAGCACAAACAGUGGUACUUUAUGUUAUAUGUGUAUUUUUCCAAUUUUUAAUAUUUUUUACAAGCUUGAUGAAUGGUUUCUUUCUUUUUAAAUGCAUAUUAUUAUUAUUAUUAUUAUUAUGCAAAUCCAUGUAAUAUUCCUGAAUUGCUUUUUUUUUUGUAUUUGAAUGAUUGAAUCAUUAUUUAACAAGAAUUUAGAUCUGUGAUUCAUCAUGGUAUAUGAUUUUUAACUAGAUUAAAUACACACACACACACACAAAAAAAAAAAAAAAAAACCACCCGACAUCUUUUUGAAAUCCACUUAUUUACGACAUGCACCGCAUUCUGUUCUUUCAUGAGAUAUUUCUUGUCUCCUGCAUGCCUUGUUCAUUAAACUGUAUACUGUGUAUAUGUGUAUUUUAUGUAGCACCAAGCAAAACACUGCCAUGUGUAAAUAAUGUCAAAGAAUGUGAUCGUCCUCAUGAGCACUCUGGGUUUAGUCAGUGGUGGUCUGUUACAUUUAAUCACUUUAAUGUUAUAGAGAAGAUUGUGCUGCGACAUUUGACAUCUCAUCUCAUUAUCUGUAGCCGCUUUAUCCUGUUCUACAGGGUCGCAGGCAAGCUGGAGCCUAUCCCAGCUGACUACGGGCGAAAGGCGGGGUACACC